CUUACCCCUCAGUUAUUUUAAUUUGUUUUCUGAAACGCGUCGUCCCAUUCCGACGGCGGACAAGUAAAAUCCAGUCGAUGCGGACCGUGUCCUGACGGGGGAGGGACUCGGUGGCAUGCCCAUCUCAGACUCUUCCUUCCGCGGAUCCUUUGCCUCGGUUUUCACAGGGUUUGGUUGAGAGUCACAGCUGCUCCCGCAGGAGGGAAGAUCCCCACUCCUUUCCGAUACGCUGACUGCUUUUAAGUGUGACACAAUGGCCAGCCUCCCUUCUCCCAACUUGAGCGAGAGGCCAUGGUUCCUCUCCACUGUCUGUGAUGACAUCACUGCACGGUUACCACAGAAACCAGGGCCCCUGCGCAGACGGCUGACGUCCAGGCAGGUGCUGACUAAGGAGAUGGCAGCUCAGGUUGAGGUGAAGACGGGGGAGGGGGCGAGAGCAGGUGGGGUAGGGGCGCGCCUGCACCUCAGCCCCCUGACAGACUCCAGCAACAAAAGCCCCAUCGAGGCCCCCUCUGGCACGCAGAGUCCCCUCAUUCUUGCUCCGGAGCCCAGCAAGCCUGUACCGGGGCCCAAACCCCGCCUCACCCCCAAGCCCUUCGCAGUGGAAAAGAACCCCACCAUCCGCCCCAUCCCCGCCCCCAAACCCACCACCAAACCCCGCCCCGAGCCGACCCGCCCCGCCUCCUAUAAACCGGACCCACCCACCACCCCUAAACCCACUCAGCCGAAGCCCACUAAUGCUGGCGCGCAACGGCCCGUGUCAACCACCCCCAAACGCCCCACCCCCACCUCCCUCAAACCCGCCCCCAAGCCCGCGCUGGCACAGACCCCCAAACCUGCUGUUCAGCCCCGAAAGCCGGCCCUUCCACCCGCCCCGGGGGAGCCCGCAAAACUCACCCUGCUGGAAACGUCCGGGCCGCAGGGGGCGGGGGCGGGGGCAGGCCCGGCCCGGCCCCGGGGCCCACAGCAGCCCCUGGCGGCCGAGUGGUCGGGAACGACAAAGCGAGAGGUGGAGAGGAGGGGGGGCAAGGAGAGGGGUGGGGCCUCCAUCACCAGGGCCAAGUCCAUGGGCUUUCUCAACCAAGCGGGACAGGAGGCAGAGAAGUCGGGCGAGGGGGUGACAGGUGGUGGGGCGUCUGAGGCGCCUGUCCCCAUGCGACCCCAGCCGAGAGCCUCCAGGCCCCGGCCCGUCUCCGCAAUCUUCACCCCAGCCCCCACCCAGGCCGAGUCACCGGACCCUGGCCCCUCCUCGCGCUGGGCAGGCAGGCGGCCCCUCUCCGCCGACCUCACCGCCAAGUUCGAGUCCAUCGGCCUGUCGCUCCACCGCCGGCCGGGCAAGGCGGACAGCAAGGAGAACACCCCGGAGCGGCCCCGGGAGGAUGACGGCGGGCCCACCAGGAGGAAGGAGAAAGGGGCGGAGCCAGCGUCAUCCGCGGCACCCGAGCGCAAGCCCAAGCCUUCCGUGCCGGAGCGGAAGCCAGAGGAGAAGAAGGAGCAGCAGCAGCAGGAGGAGAAGGAGAAGGAGGAGGAGAGGAGCGGUGGGAGCAUAAAGAGAAGGAUCAGCCUCCUCUUCGACUCCUCCUCCUCCCCGGGUGGAGGACUGCUGUCAGUUGCGGGGACAGAGCCCCGCACCCCGGCGCAGCCAGUCUCGGAAACCGACAUUCCCGUGGGCGUGAAACAGCGCAUAAAAAAGCUCACCGAAGACACGCCCCCUGCCCAGACCCCGUCUCCAAAAACGGCAUUCAAGCCCCGUCCUCUACCCUCCGACCUCACCAAACGGUUUGCCACUGAGAAGCCAGCAGAGCUUAGCAGCCCUUCACCAAGCAGCUCGGAGAAAGAGGGAUCCAGGGGUCACCUGCAGGAUGACGGCGAAGCUCAGGGGAAGCUUGAAGAGCCUGCUGUAGGCCACAGUGACCAGGCAAAGGAGGGAGAAGAGGGAGCGGGAUUGGCACCUCAGAUCCCUCAGGACCCCGCCCAUGCCCCUCUGGACCAAUCAGCCGGGAGCAUGGAGGAAGCUCCCGAGAAGGAGCGGAGGGCGGAGAGGGAGGCGCAGGAGGCCUGCCCCAGUGGAGGGGUGCAGACGGUCCGGGCUGCCCUGUUCGAGAACGUGGUGGAGAGGCACAGCGUGCGGGUGGUGGAGGAAGGGGGCGGGGGCGAGGGGCGACCGAGGAGGAGCGUCUCAGUGCGGCAGAGGGAGCCCGGGGAGAGAGUCCCGGGCGGCGUUACCCUCCAGGAGCCAGCGUCCCCCGCCAGCCCCCUACGGGUGGAGCACAUUUUUGACACGGUGCCGGCCGUCGGGGAGAGGAGGGCGGUCAGUGAGAGCGUCCCAUCCGCCCAACUGGAGGACAAGGCCAUGACGCUGCGGUCCCGACGCUCCGGUGGGGACGGCCUGCCCAGCCACGAGCCGGAGGCGGAGGGGCCCGGGCAGGCCACCGUCAGCGGGAUGCAGGGCCCCCUGGCCCCCUCGCCCGACCAGACCCCCCGCUACCUCCGCGUCGGGGCACUGAUGAACUGGUUUGCAGAGGAGACGGAGAGGAACAAGGAGCGGGAGGCCGAGCUGGAGGCCGAGAGGGAGAGGGACAGGGAGGCGGAGCGGCAGAGGGUGGAGCGGGCCCGGCAGGUGGAGCUGGAGAAGGAGAGGGUCAGAGAGAUGGACAGGGAGAGGCAGAGAGAGUGGGAGAGGGAGAGGGAGGAGGUGGCAGCGCCCAAACGCUUGAAGAUACUGGAGGGCGAGGAUCAGGCCCACAGGCCGAGGGCCACCUACUUCGCCCUCACGGGUCAGAUGCAGGAGCCCAUGGUCCAGGAAGAAGGGGUGGAGGAGAGAGGCGCCAUGGAGGUGCCCUUCGAGGAUUUCUCAGUGAAGCCUGGCAGGUGGAGCUCCCAGGGGAAGGUGGUGUCGGUGUGCAGGAACCCCUCUCUGGACGCGGACUUCGGCAAGACCCCCCCGGGCCUGGAGGUGGGGGUCGGCGGCGAGGGGCUGCCGGGGAGGGGAGGGGAGCGAAAGAGCGAAUCCGAAAAGGAGCAGGAAAUAAAGAUGCUGGAGAGGCAGAGGACGGAGAGAGAGAGGGAGGCGGAGAGACAAAAAAUGCUGGAGUUUGAGAGGCAGAGGGAGAGGGAGAGGGAGAGGGAGGAGAUGGAGAGGCAGCGGGAGUUGGAGAGGCAGAGGCAGGAGGUGGAGAGGCAGCGGGAGUUGGAGAGGCAGAGGCAGGAGGUGGAGAGGCAGCGGGAGUUGGAGAGGCAGAGGCAGGAGAUGGAGAGGCAGCGGGAGUUGGAGAGGCAGAGAGUAUGA